GUGGCGGUGGCAGCUGGCUCCGGUCGCCGCGCCACCAUGGCGGUGCGACAGGCACUGGGCCGAGGCCUGCAGCUGGGUCGGGCGCUGCUGCUGCGCUUCGCUCCCAAGCCGGGCCCGGUGUCAGGCUGGGGCAAGCCCGGCCCCGGUGCGGCCUGGGGCCGCGGAGAGCGUCCCGGCCGGGUCUCAAGCCCGGGAGCACAGCCGCGUCCGCUCGGGCUCCCCCUCCCGGACCGCUACCGCUUCUUCCGCCAGUCGGUGGCUGGGCUGGCGGCGCGAAUCCAGCGGCAGUUCGUGGUGCGGGCCCGAGGCGGCGCAGGGCCUUGCGGCCGAGCAGUCUUCCUGGCCUUCGGACUGGGGUUGGGGCUGAUCGAGGAGAAGCAGGCGGAGAGCCGGAGGGCCGCCUCGGCCUGUCAGGAGAUCCAGGCAAUUUUUACACAGAAAAACAAGCAAGUGUCUGACCCACUGGACACACGACGUUGGCAGGGCUUCCGCCUGGAGGAUUAUCUGAUAGGACAGGCCAUCGGCAAGGGCUGCAAUGCCGCUGUGUAUGAAGCCACCAUGCCCACACUGCCCCAGCACCUGGAGAAGGCCAAACACCUUGGCCUUCUAGGAAAAGGCCCAGAUGUCGUCUCAAAGGGAGCAGAUGGGGAGCAGGCUCCAGGGGCCCCCGCCUUCCCCUUUGCCAUCAAAAUGAUGUGGAAUAUCUCGGCAGGAUCCUCCAGCGAAGCCAUCUUAAGCAAAAUGAGCCAGGAGCUGGAAGCCUUGGGUUCAGCAAACAGGAAGGGCACCCUUCAACAGUUCAGGCGGUAGACAGUCACUACCUAUGCCCAUCCAUCUAAGUUCUAGGGCAGAACUCAGACGUCAGGCCAGACCAGGAGUCAGUAAACUGUACAGGAAAUUAAGUAGUUGUGAUGACUUAGCUGUCACCGAGGCAGAAGGACAAACACGGAUGACACUGAACUUUACUUGUCACUAUACUCUUCUCAUUUUUCCCGACCACUUAGAAAUGCAAAAUAACCAGGUUUAGUUUGUAAGUGGCCAGUGUGGCUCACAGCCAAGUUUGCCCCAUCCUGGGCUAAAUGCAUUCUCAAUGUCUAACGCUUAAAAGAUGCUAUCAUUAAAGACAGUCUCCAAGCCAAAGCCAUG